AUGACUAUUCUUGCAGGCACCAUUAUCCCAGAAGCAAAAGCCAUUUUUCCUUUAAACAGCUUCUUUGAAACAAGGGAGAUCACUAAUAAACAACCCCAAGGCAUUCGUGGAGAUGUAUCCUUAGCGACAGGUCCGAAUGGUGACAUAGGUGGCUCUUACCAAUUCUCCGGGCAUCCAAACAGCUACAUCGAGUUCCCAAACGAUGGGGGAUUAGACUUGAAACACUCCAUCACACUGUUAUGUUGGCUGUAUCCUGAAAAUGCAAACUUUGCGCCUGUUAUUAUUUACAACCCAAGUGGUAAAUGGUCCGUUUGCUUUUGGAUAUUGUUUGGAAAACUUUACGCCGACUUCAGAAACAGAGAGUACUUAUCUCCAUGGGGUUCGUUGUUGACCAAUCAGUCUUUGGUGACGCACCAAUGGCAUUAUGUCGGUGCUUCUUACGAUUAUACGACUGGAAUGGCAAGUCUAUGGGCUAAUGGAGUGAGAGUACUAGAGAAGAAUAUCGGGGCCGGCAUAACGCUAGGUACACAGGAUAACGUCAGAGUUGGUGUUAGAGCAAAGGAUCGAAGAAUUGCUGCCAUACAGUUUUAUGACGUAGCCUUAACAGCAGAGCAAAUAAAUAAAGUGAAACGUCUUGGUUUAGAUGAAGAUGAAUGUCAGGAUGAGAAACACAACUGUCACGCAAAUGCUCAGUGUAACAACACUUUUGGCUCAUAUAACUGCACUUGCCUCAAUGGGUACUCAGGAGAUGGUGUGAGCUGUCUGGCCCCAGCUAUUUUCUUGUUUCGUUUAGAUAUCGACGAAUGUACUACAAAUGUGCACAACUGCGACCCAUCGGCUGUUUGUAGCAACACUGUUGGAUCUUUUCACUGUGCAUGCAUUGCAGGGUAUAAAGGAAAUGGCACAACUUGUGUAGAUGAAGAUGAAUGUCAGGAUGAGAAACACAACUGUCACGCAAAUGCUCAGUGUAACAACACUUUUGGCUCAUAUAACUGCACUUGCCUCAAUGGGUACUCAGGAGACGGUGUGAGCUGUCUGGAUAUCGACGAAUGUACUACAAAUGUGCACAACUGCGACCCACUGGCUGUUUGUAGCAACACUGUUGGAUCUUUUCACUGUACAUGCAUUGCAGGGUAUAAAGGAAAUGGCACAACUUGUGUAGAUAUCGACGAAUGCGCACUAUCAACUCAUAACUGUCAUGGAGUUGCUCACUGUUUUAACAAUCCAGGAUCCUUCAGCUGUGAGUGCCGAAAAAACUACAUUGGCGAUGGGAUAUCAUGUGAACCUGUUGGAGAUUUCUCAGUGACUAUUAGAAACAUUUCAAAAGACAAAUAUCAGGCCACACCUGUGCAGCGCUCAGUCAAAAGUGUCCGCGAAGCCCUGAUACUGGGCCUAAAUAAAGAUUUAACCGUAUUGACAAGUACCUUUGAAUGGAGUGUGGUUAGCGAAAUGGAGUUAGGUGCCUCGGAGUCAGCAUUAGGAACUAUAGUUAGUCAAGGGACAACGGAGUGGACGAUAAACAAACGAUCCAUACCUGCUGGUAUCUAUCAAGUGAAAUUCAAUGCUACACUUGCAAUCGGAGAUCCAGCAUCCCCAAAAGUUCUUAACGCCUUUGAUUAUGGCUUCAUCGAGGUUAUUGCGGCUCCCGUGCGAGCUAUUCUUGAUGGAGGAAGCAGUGUACGGUGGGGGUCCAAGCAAAACGUCACCGUGGAUGGCUCUUUAAGUUACGACGCAGACAUUGGCCCUGGAAUACAUACCGGGCUCAAUUUCAGUUGGUCCUGUCGGAGUGAUACUUUUGUAAGCAACACUUGCUUCGGUUCUUUUCAAAACGAAGGAGACUCAAACCCUGCAAUCAUUACCAUUGAUCCAAGUAAACUUGAGAUCGAUAAGACCUUCUUCCUACGGCUGAAUGUCUCCAAGGAUGUGAGAAGUUCCUUUGCCGAAAUGUCCUUUACGAUAGCUGCAGGAGAGGUACCACAGGUGACCCUGAGAUGCUUUAUAGAUUGUGCCGCAGUAGUGUCUGCUUCAAACAAGCUCCGGGUGACAUCAGAGUGUCUUAAUUCUCCUUGCAAUGGAUCCGUCUACGAAUGGCGUCUGUCCAUACUAAAGGGUUCAGACAGUUGGGAAAAUAUACCUAUUUUACCAAACAUGACUUCAACGGCUGUAAAUUCUACCAAUAUGAUAAUCAAGAAAAAUUCAUUAGAAUCCAAAUCGAAGUAUAAUCUAACAUUAAUGGUUACAUCUUUGAAAGGAGCAUACGGGCUUUCUGUGCUCCUCUUUGAAACCGCUGGAGAGCCGCAUAAUGGUUACUGCGCGCCGUCGGUCUCUGAAGGCGUCUCACUGGAUACUGAGUUUACUUUUAAGUGCUUCGAUUGGCAGGAUACAAGCCUACCACUGACAUAUGAAUUUGCACUUGGAGAGGCGCCUAUAUCUUAUGGCACGUCACCCUCGUCCGUGUCGACAGUGUUACCUGCAGGAUCGCCGAACGAAGAUUUCCACCAACAAGUCACUAUUGUCAUUAGGAAUGCGGUUGGAGUAUCCGUUGUAGAGAAAUUAUUCAUCAAGGUAAAGCCAUCAUCUGGCCUUGAUCCAUGUGUUUCAGCACCAGACGAAGUUGCAAUCAAGUUAAAAGGUUUUAUAGUCGGGGAAAAUAACAAGCUGGAUGAAUUUCUCAACAAGGGUGAACUCAGCCAGGCUGUUCAACUUGGUUUAUCUGUUUUAAAGUCUGCAAACGAAAAAAGUGAAUGUGGACAAGAAUUGGACCCUAAGGACAAAGCGUUGAUUUCCAACACAUUGAUAUCAAAGUUUACAGCCAUAACACCAGAGAAUCUUGAAAUGUCUCGCUUGAUUAUGUCAGUAGUAAGCUUAGCCAUGGGACUGGAGGCUCAACAAAAAUGCGAGAGCUGCAGUGACGGUAGCGGUAACAGUAACAAUAACAAUAUGGAAUUAACGAUGCAAUUGACUGAUAGUACAGCAAAUAUGAUGAUUUCCACCCUUAACGAUCCGGAGCAGCCUUUCACACCGGAAUUAGAAAAAACAGCUUCAAGUGUUACAGGUUGCCUCACGAAUGUUCUCAAGUCCGCUGCGGGCUCGAGUCAGGACGACAUAGUCUCGGCAGUAACCCCACCCUCACCAGAGUUCGUGAAAAAGGCCUCCGAAAAACUAAGCAACGUGUGCGAUGCAUUUUUUGGCCGCUUGGUUUCAUCAGAAGAUCUGCUCUUAAAGACUCCAAACUUGGCAAUAUCCCUGAAAAAGGUCACAGCUAAUGAUGCAAAAGGACUCAGCAUGGGAGAUGGAUCAAGUAAAUUCAAGCUCCCGAGCAGCCUUGGGAAUAUAGGUGGUGGAGAGAUAAAUGCAAAGAUGCAAGCUGUUGAUUUUAACCCUUUCACUUGGGACAAUAGCAGCAAGAAAAUCAAAUCAAGCGUCACGAGUCUUGAGCUUAAAAGUAAUAGCGCGGAAAAGAUAAAUGUUUCAAAUCUUGACAAUGACAUUGAGAUCUUGAUUCCCAUUUUUAGUCCACCUCAGAACUCCACCAACGGGACACAGCAUAGCUUUCUUAAGCCAAAUCAGAUUUCAGUUCGAAGUUAUUACGCAGAACUAGCCAAUGUUCCUGUAUCUCUUAAGUUGGGUACAACCAAAGCAGGAAUACAAAUCAGUCUGUUCAUAAAAUUUGGAAAAAGACCAACGAUAAAUGACUUUGACCACAAUUUUACAAUGGCGUUCACAUCUACAUGUGACAACCAAACAGAUGCUAAUGCAACCUGCUUUAUCAGAGAUAGCUCGGUUACAGUGAUGCCUUCUAAGCCAGGUUUCCUCUACGCGGGCUUAUUGUCUAGAAACCCUAAAAAUGAAAGUCAACGCUCUAGGCAAAGAAGGUCCUGUUUUGGAAAUCGUCGUGAAAGACGGUCAUGUGUGGGCGUUAAAGAUCCACCGCCAAAAGGAUCUCUCAGCACUGUGAUUCCGAAAUAUGAUUCAAACACAGACGUUAACUACACUUUGACCAUCACCCAGUCGAGUUGUUUGUAUUGGUCAGAGAACACAGAAAAGUGGACCGCGGAAGGUUGCCGGGUUAGCCAAGACUCGAACACCACCCAUCUUAAAUGUCUCUGCAAUCAUUUAACAUCUUUUGGUGGAAACUUCAUCCAAGCACCAAACCCAAUUGACUUCGACAAAGUUUUUACUGAGUUUUCAAACCUUGCUGAAAGUGGCAAUAUUUCAGUACUUGUGACAAUUGCCUGUUUUUUCCUUCUGUACUUCGUUGUCUUAAUCUUUGCAAGGAGGGCCGACAAGAGAGAUGUAGACAAGGUUUGCCCACCCAAAUUGAUACCGCUUGUGAAGGAAGGGGCCUAUUAUUACGAUAUGGUUAUAAGCACCGGCGUUUGGAAACAUUCAGCAACAACAGCCAACAUAACCAUCAGCAUCAAGGGCGAAAAUUAUGAGCAGAGUCAAAUUCCAUUGAGGGAGAAAGGGGAGUGGAGCGAGCUUUUCGGACGUGGGAGUAUCAACGGCUUUGUGCUCGUAAUGAAAGAACCCAUUGGCCCUUUAAAAGAAAUUAUUUUGGAACACGAUAAUUCGGGUGAUAAUCCGUCUUGGUUUGUAGAAAGCGUAGUUAUCCAAGACCGUCAGACCGAAGAAAGGUGGGUUUUCCCUAUAAAUAGGUGGCUUGCGUUGGAAAAAGACGACGGCCAAAUAGAAGUUACCGUGGACAGCAAAUCUUACUCUGCCUUCUCAGAUCAGGUUCGUUCGCGCUUUGCCAGAAAAGUUGCCGACAGUCACUUGUGGUUCUCAGUGUUUGGAAAAGCAUGUAGUAGUACCUUUACACGUGUGCAAAGAGCUUCAUGUUGCCUUUCAGUUCUGUUUAGUGCAAUGAUAGCAAAUGCCAUGUUCUAUAACAUUGGUGGUCAAUCCGAUGGUGCUAUACAGGUUGGGCCUUUUAAGUUUUCUUGGAGACAGAUAGUCAUCGGAGUACAAAGUGGCAUUAUCAUUGCACCGAUAAACUUAAUGAUUGCCUUCCUGUUUAAGUCUAGCAGCCCGAGGAAAAAAGGGAGUGACAAAUACAAAGUUACAGACGAGGCCCAACGACUUUUGGAUGAAAUAACGGACACCGGUUGUAUGCUUCCUCAUUUCUUUGUUUAUUUGGGCUGGUUUCUCUGCUUCUGUACGACAAUAGCAGCAGCAACGUUUACGCUGUUUUACAGUUUAAUGUGGGGAAAGGAAACCUCUGAACAGUGGCUUGCUUCUAUUCUAAUUUCCAAUGGACAAGAUAUUUUCGUUGUACAGCCCACCAAGGUUAUGAUAGCAGUCAUGGUUAUUUCCUUUCUCCUGACAAGAAAGAACAGAGGCAAAUGCGAUGAAGAAGAAGAGACUGCUAUCGAUUCACACGCAAUUGAGAUCGAUUUCUCGGGCGAUGAUCCCAAACAGUGCUUUAAGAAAUAUCAGCGGGAAAAGAUGAGGGAGAGAUCUAAAAAAGAAGCUCAGUUAACAAGGGUGACAAGAGACAUUAUUCUGCAUUUAAUAUUUGUGUUUCUUCUGGCUAUCGUAUCUUAUGGAAACAAGAAUGGAAACCGUUUUCUGAUGACAACUGAGAUGAGAAAUCGAUUCACUAAGUUUAAUCUGGUAAAGGAUGCGCACAGUUUAGAGGCAUGGUUAAAGAAUGAAUUCAUAUUAAACAUUUAUAACCAAGCGUGGUACAACCGACUCGAAGAGAAAAACGAUGUGUACGUCGGGAACAAGAUGUCGAUAUUAGUGGGAAUGCCCUGGUUGCGACAACUCAGAAUUAAAAAAGAUUCCUGUAGAUCGCUCUCGAAAAUGAUAGCAGAUUGUUAUUACGACUAUUCUCCAGAAAAUGAGGACACGACUUUUCUAAGCCUUCCAGGUUGGAUACCUCUCUCCCUCAAUACUUCGUGGCCUGAUGCUCUCCAAAUUUGCCCCAGGCCCUGGCGAUAUCAAUCAGCAGCAGAACUUCGCAACGACCCUAUUCUAGCGUCGUACAACUCUUAUGAAGGGGGUGGUUAUGCAGCAGUCAUGGGAUACGAUGAAAGCACUGCACAAGGCGUCCUCGACGAGACUAUUACUAAUGGAUGGCUUGAUCGCCAAACUCGAGCUGUAAUUCUAGAGUUUGCUGUUUUCAAUGUCAAUACAAACUUGAUUAGCGUUGCCACAUACUUUUACGAGGCCAUAGCUACUGGUGCAGCCUACACUACAAGGAGAAUUGAAACACUGGAGUUGUACAGCACUGAGUCAGGAGCUCUGAUGUUUUUCUUAAUUGGCCAGUUUCUGUUCAUGGCGAUGGUUCUCUUCUACUUCAUAGUUAUGUUAGCUCACCUUUAUCAACAACGUUUAGGUUUCUUCAAGUCUGUUUGGAAUAUGGUGGAUUUCUUUAUGAUAAUUUUCUCUGUAGCCUCUGUAGCAUUUUACAUGAUCAGAGCUAAAAGCGUUUUGAACACUAUCAAAUCUAUUCAAGCCAAUCCAUAUGAAAUCGUGCAUUUCCACACAGCCUUGAAUUGGCUUAACCUGGAAAAUGCGUCUAUUGCUGUCGCUGUUUUCUUGGUGACAGUCAAGCUUCUGAAUCUGAUUCGUUUUAACCCACACGUAAUAUAUUUGUUUUCAUCUUUUCGCCAAUCUAUAGGCUAUCAACUCUCGUAUGUGCUCUUUUUUCUGAUCGUGUUUAAUGCAUUUGUUAUAACAGGUAUGCAGUUUUUCGGUGGUGUAGUAUUAGAAUAUUCCAGUUAUCUCGAUGCAGUCAUGUCUCAAUUCGAAUUCCUGUUAGGAAAAGCAGUCCCAAUGGACGCUCUUCGAAGGGACAGACCCUUCAUUGGUCCGACGUUUGCAUUUUUGUUUUGUAUAUCCACAACUAUAUUUCUUAUGAAUAUGCUUGUUUCUGUCCUCAACGAAUCAUACGGUGACGCAAAAUCAAACGCAGAGGAAAAUGCAAAAGAGCUUGAAAUGGCACGUUUUAUUGAGGAGCGUUUAAUGGACAUUUUCCACGAGGGAAGUAAUCGGACUGAGUUUAAGUUGUUUUGUGAUGAGACAAUAUUUGUCAACAUGUGCCUUUCUGAAGUAGAGCCAUUUUGUUUGAAUUCUGAAAGUAUUAUUCAAUGUACAGAGGAACGAAUGUUAAAAGCUGAAAAACGACUAAUUUUUCUCACUCGACGAACAGAGUACAUGGAGGCUGAUUAUUUGAAAGAGGAGAAUGACUUAACUUACCUUUUGUUAGUAAUGAUAAAUCCUUCGGUGCGUGAUUCGGAAAAGAAAUCAAAAUAUGAUCUCUGAGUGCAGAGAUGUUUUACUGUAUAAUUUAGCUAAGUUUUCUUGCACUGAAAUUAUAUCUGGCUUUUCUACCAAGCGUAGAUAUUAUUGAAUGUUUAUUUUUAGGUAAGUGUAUCUUAUAAGUAAGUAAUUUAGUGUUAACAACUGGGUUGAAAACGUAAAUUAGCCACCGUAAAGAGUAAAAAAGCUGACGUUUCGAGCGUUAGCCCUUCGUCAGAGCGAUUAGAGGAAUUGUGGGUUGUGUGUGGAUUUAUAUAUAGAAAGUGGAGCUACGCCAUUGGUGGGAAUAUGGUGACGAGA